UUUUUUUAUAUAUGCAGCCAGAUAUUUUCCAGAACCAAUAUGAUCACAGCCCAGCAGUAACCCCGCACUGACUAUAAAUAGUCUGAACUUUAAAGAAUAAAGCUCCCGCAUGCUGAAGGGAACUGUCUACUAUCACCAAACGGUGAGUCCCAGCAGCAGAGAGUAGGAUGAAUCUUCUUUACCUUUCAUUGUUUAUCACUCUUGUGCACACUUCAGUCCAGCAUGUUUCACAUGAUCAUCAUCCAACACAUGAAGACAAGAAUGAACACAAUGGAAAAACACAUACAAAAGCAUUAGAAGAUAUUUGUCAAGCCCAUUUACAGUUUUCUGUAAGCUUAUUCAGGCACAUUGCUUCCAGCCAAGAGAAAUCUCCAAAAAACAUAUUUUUUUCACCUUUUAGUAUUUCUACAGCUUUUUCCAUGCUGUCCCUGGGUGCAAAAUCCGAAACUCACAAACAGAUUUUAGAAGGUUUGAGCUUGAAUGAAACCCGUGUCAAAGAAGAAGAAAUUCAUGAGGCAUUUGAACAGCUUAUCUUGGCUUUAAAUAAACCAAAAAGUGACCUGCAAGUCAAUAUUGGAAAUGCUGUCUUUGUACAAGAAAAUUUGAAUCUUUUGAAGACCUUUGCAGAUCAAGUAGAACAUUAUUAUCGUGCAGAAAUUCUUUCUACUGACUUCUCAAAUGCAAAUGAUGCAGAGAAAAAGAUAAAUGACUAUGUGAAAAAAAAAACGGAAGGAAAAAUUGAAGAAUUAGUAAAAGACCUUGAUGAUGGGACAAAACUAGUACUUCUGAAUUACAUCUUCUUCAAAGGAGAAUGGGAAAAUAAGUUCAAUCCAAGUUCUACAAGAGUAAGUAACUUCUUUGUGGAUGGAAAUACUACUGUGAAAGUCCAAAUGAUGUCACGAAUAGGCAGCUAUAAGAUUUAUCAGGAUGAUCAGCUUCCAUGUCUUGUCCUUCAACUUCCAUAUAAGAACAACGCUUCAAUGCUUGUCGUUAUACCUGAAAUGGGAAAAAUCCGUGAAGUAGAAGAAGCAUUAUCAGUUGAUACAAUUAAAAGAUGGAAAAAAUCAGCGCAUUUAAGGUUUACACAGGUUCAUAUGCCUAAAUUUUCAAUUAGCUCCUCUGUUAACUUGAAGGAGGUCCUCAGCGAUAUGGGAAUAAAAGAUGCUUUCAGUAACAAAGCUGACUUCUCUGGGAUUUCUCAAGAUGCUAGGCUGGUGGUGACUAAAGCUGUCCACAAGGCAGUAUUGGAUGUUCAUGAAAAAGGAACAGAAGCUGCUGGAGCCACAGCUAUUGAAAUUAUGCCCAUGUCAAUCCUUCAGUCACACAAAGUCAAUAGACCAUUUAUUCUUCUAAUAUGCAGCGAAGAAACUGACAGCAUAUUCUUCAUGGGGAGAGUUACUGACCCCACUGCAAAGUAACAACCAACAAGAAUAAUAAGCAAGUUCAUGGUCACUCUUGUCAUGUUCCAUUCCAAUUGCUUUACUAAUAAAAUGUCUCUUUACUUUGUA